AUGCGCCCAGGAGAUGCAGGAGAUGUCUGCAGUGACUGCUGCCGGCUGACUGACGGUCCAAGGACUCCAGUGGUUGUGAUUGAACCUCAUGGGCAGAUAGCUGAGGGAAGCAGAGUGACUUUGACCUGCAGCACUGAUGCAAACCCACCACCACAAACAUACAGCUGGUACAAGGGAACAAUACCACUGAGCAUCAGGGAUAAGGUGCUAACCUUCACUGUCGGUGCUGAGCACAGUGGAAAAUACACCUGCCAGGUCACUAACAUCAAUGGUCACAGCACAUCUCAUUACAAAGAACUACAUGUUACAUAUGGUCCAAGGAUUCCAGUGAUUGUGAUAGAUCCUCCUGGGCAGAUUGUUGCAGGAUGUUUAGUGAAUCUGACCUGCAGCACUGAUGCCAACCCACCCCCACACACAUACAGCUGGUACAAGAGAGAGGGAACAAUACAACUUAACUACAGAGAGAAGGUGUUAACCUUCAGUAAUGUCCGUUCUGAGGACAGUGGAAACUACAGCUGUCAGGCCACUAACACCUAUGGUUCCAAUACAUCUCCUAAUACAGAAAUACAUGUUUUAUAUGGUGCAAGGACUCCAGUGAUUAUCAUUGACCCUCCUGGUAACAUAGCUGAGGGAAGCAGAGUGACUCUGACCUGCAGCAGUCAUGCCAACCCACCAGUGGAGAGCUACACCUGGUUUAAGGUGAAUGAGUCCACUGCAGUAGGAUCAGGACAGCAGUACAGCAUCACUAACAUCAGCUCUGAGGAUGGAGGACAGUACUACUGUGAGGCCAGGAACAAAUAUGGAGCUGAGAACUCAACUACUGUGUCCAUCACUGUUACAAGUUGGCAGAGCCCUCUCUCCACUGCUGUGAUAACAGUCUCUGUCUGUGGAGCUGUGGGACUCCUCUGUUUGGUUUUCUUAAUGAGCAAGAAAUGCAAGAAAAAUGCAACACAGACAAGGGAAGACCGGAAUACCCGGGAUUAUGUUAAUGUUGCCCAUGGUGGACCAUCUGAUGGCACCCAACCUGAUGCUAUUUACCAGAGUCUGAACCCCAACACCACCCAACCUGAUGCAGUUUACCAUAGCCUGAACCCCAACACCACC